AUGUUUGAAGAAAUCGGUGUUCGAAUUCUGAACAGGAUUGUUGGUGAAUAUGUCGAGGGGGUAGAUAGCUCUCAACUAGAGUUAGCUGUAUGGGAUGGAACUGUGAGUUUGCAAAAUGUCAAAAUUAAAAAAUCGUGUUUACAAAGUCUAGGUUUUUCAUCGGUUGAAGUCUAUGAAGGUAUUAUUGGAGAACUACAGAUCAAACUAUCAUGGUUACAUUUAAGAGACCAGCCAGUUACUAUUACUAUGAAAAAUGUUGCUUUGAGAAGUCGUCCUUGCGAUUUGGAAACCAUGAAUAAAUAUGCUGAUGCAACAAGGCAAUCAGACAAGAUGAAAGAGGUUGCUUCAUGGGAAAAGAAAAAUCCAAAUGGAAAAAUAGUUACCCCCACUAAAGUAUCUCCUUUCAUGAUUUCAUUAGAAACAAAAAUAUUAAAUAAUCUACAAGUUUUUGUUGAUAAUGUUAGUUUGGAAUAUAUGGAUAAAGAAACUAUGUUGGCGAAAGAGCCGAUAUCUGUUGUUGCCUUUUUGAAGAAGAUCAAAAUUCAAUCUACAGACGAAAAUUGGAGGUCUAUCGAAAAAAUUACUUCAAAAAAUAUCUUCAAAGUCGUUAAAGUUUCCUCUCUAUGCAUUUUACAUAAAGAAGAUCUUCAUCGAGAAUCACAUGCCUUUUCUAUAGAUGACCUUUUAACGAUCUCUGAAAAUUACAAAAACUUAAUUAAAUUAGGUUAUCGGUAUGUUCUAAAGCCAAUAUCUCUUACAGGUAAAUGUACACUGUAUCAUUUAAAUUCAAACAAUCAGCAUAGAGUAAAAUUUUCUUUUGGCAUAGAGGAAUUAGAUUUCACGUUGAAUAAUAGGUUUUAUGAUAAUUACUUACAUCAUAAAUAUGCCCUUAAUAGAAAAAAUGAAUUAAUUGAGAUGAGAACUUCACAACCUGAAAAUACUAUUCAUGAGAAUUCAAGGGAGUGGAUUAAAUUUUACGCCACUUGUAUUAAAAGAAAAAUCCAUCUUAGAAAUAAAAAUAGAACCUGGAAACACAUUGAAAAAACUGGGAAAAGAAGACGUGAAUAUAUUAAAUUGUGGCUGAAGAAGCUUGAAAAAAAAGAUAUUGAUUUAGAAUUGGAGGACGAAAAAGAAGAAGAACAGCUGCAAUAUUUGCAUGAGAAAUUGCCAGCUGAGCAAAUUAUUAUUUUUAGAAAAAUAUCAAGAGACAUUUUUAAUCAAUCACAAGAAUCCAAGGUUCAUUUAAUACAUAAACAAGUUCUGUCAACAAAAAAUUGGCUAUGGUCAUGGUGGAAAUCAGAUACUGCAAAUACAAAUAAAAACGACAUUGAUUCCUACCUAAAUGAAGAUUUAACUUUUAAGUUCACCUCUCAAGAGAAAGCAGAAUUAUUAAAAAUCCUUGAAUAUGAUUCUAAUGAUAAUUUUACUGAUAGUGAGAAUGAUCGUCCUAAGGAUUCCAAUCCUUCUUUUAAGUUUGAAAUUUCAAUCAACACUGUAAAUAUAAAGAUGGAAAGAAGUGAUAUUGUAAGACCAAUGACUACAUUAACAUCCGAAAAGCUUCAUAUUAAAUACAUUAUGGAUACUAAUUACUCUGAAUUUCAAUUACUUGCUACUACAUUUGAUAUUGAAAAUGGGUCAAUGAACAAUUCAUAUACUAAACUUCUCUCAGUUGAAAAUAUAAGAGAUCCAGAUUCCAAAUACUCAAGUUUGACACCUAAUGUUGACUUUAGAAUUAAGACAAGGGGAAAGGACGAAAAUAGAAGAACAAAGAUUGAAUGUGAUCUUUUAGGACUCACAAUUAACUAUCACAUGGAUUAUUUUAUUCAAGUUCCAAAGUUCUUUAUGGCGCCUCUUUCCCCCUUUAUAUCAAUGGAUAAAUUAGUUCAAGAGAGGUUCUACAGAUUUUCAGGAUGGACACCUAAGGGUAAGCGUCGUAUUUGGCGCCAGUUUUUGAAGAAACAGCAGACAACUUUCAAAGUUCAAGUUGGUUUUGCAACGUUCGUUUUUCCAAAUCAUCCACAUGAUGAAUAUACCGGUGUUGCGGUAUUGGAUGGGCAUGAUUUAAUUGUAUUUGAUACACCAAUUCCAGAAAGAACAAUUGAAGAAUUGCAAUCAUUUAGCAUUGAAAAAUUUUGUACAGUUGAUAAUAAUAUUCUAAUGAGAUUAAUGCUAGAAAAAUUAAUUCUAUAUAUGACAGAUGCGGAACUUUUGGUCGGGCCAGGUAUUAAAGCAAUUAAGCAUACAAUGGUAACUAGCCAUUUAGCUAAUAAGUAUGCAGUUGUUCCAAAAAGAUUCCUUAAAAUGGUCUUAGAUAUUACACGCUCUGUCCGUUCAUUACAUGUACCAUUCUGUAUUCUUCACUCUGACUUCGAUGACGCAUAUUUAGCAUUCUCUGAUAUUCAAUUCCAGAUUGUUGCUUUUAUUUUUACUCGUUGUUUUCCUGUAUCUUUUGAUUAUCACACGGGGGAUGAAUUUAAUGAAUUUAUUGACCCUACAUAUGAUCCCCAAACUAGAAUUGAUGCCAAAAUUGAAUGGGUUUAUUUUGCCCAUCAAGAUUCUACUCCAGAAAAAUUAUCAAGAAAAUUUUUGGAGUUAGAUUUCAACUUUAAAAAUUUUAAUCUUCCUCUUCAUAAAGUAACAAAUCCAGAGCUAUGGAAAUUGCAGAAAUUGUUUGAUAUCAAAGGUGGCUAUUUUAAUCUCAAAGUUAAUACAGGUCCAACUCAUAUCAGCGUACAUGUCAGUAUUCCAGAAGUAGCAAUUCAUGAAUUUACUGCAUUGGAUGAUAUUUCUCAAAACUUGAUUACUACUAAACUGGAUUCACAAUCAGAUUUGUGCUUUAAUUUAAGAUAUGAGCGUUGCCAACGUAUUGCAUUUUUUCAAGAUAAUUAUCUUGAAAUUUUUGAUCAUGAAAUUUAUUUAGAUUUGAAUGGUUUAGAAAUUACUUUAUCGCCAAUGUCUAUAUGCUGUUUGUCGAGUUAUGCUAUUGUAUCCUUCACCAAGCCAUACCAGCAAUGGGCGCCUAAUGACAUUUUGGUCCAUAAUGAUGAAUCAUCCGAAGCAUCACCUUCAAAAACACGUCUACUUUACAGAUCUUUAAAUACAUCUAUAUUAUUGAAAGAUAUGGAUUCAAAUAUUAUUGUUUCUUUGGAAGCUCCAUUAUUUCAAUAUGAACUAUUGGCAUGGCCAGAACACAAGAAAAAUAUCAUAACAUUCCCUGAACUCCGUUUAGUGGAGAAUAAAUAUGCACCAAUAGAUUUACCUUCUAAAUUUCCAUAUAUCAUGGAAAUUAAAAGUAUUGCACCAUAUAAAAUGAUUAAUGAAUCUUUUGAUAUGGAAAGACCUGAAACAAAAUUUGGUUCAUUUUUAUUUUUAAGGUUUCUUUCUGUUUCUGUUGUAUACAAACCAUUAGUAUUUUACAAGUUGUUCAACUUCCUUCAAACCUUCAAGAUGUUAAACCAGAAUUUUUCCUAUGCUGCAAAUAAAACGUUCAAGAAGCAUCCUGUUACUGUUAUUAGAAAUGGUAAAUAUGACAUUUGGGUUGACAGCAUAGAUGUUCAUAUUCCGAAAGCAGUGGAUAUUCAAAAUGGGAUUUGCGAUUACACUACAUUAAGUUGUAAGAAUAUAUUUACAACCAUGAAUUGGGAUAAAAAAUCUGAAUUAUACAGUAGAUAUUGGGGAAUUAUCUCGAUUCAAGCUUAUUCUGAGGUUUACUUGAGAAAUGAAAAUCACGAGCCUAUUAGUAUACUAGAUCCUUUUUCUCUAUUUUCAAAGAAACAAUUUAAAUUUUCAAAGGAAGGAAAUAAUUCAACUGAAUCAUUUUACUCAAUCAGUCCAGUUAAUGUUCAUAUUUCAGAAUUUCAAAUUUCCACACUAACUGGUAUUCUUAAUAGCGUGAAAUCGAUUACUGGUUCAUCAACUCCAUUUACCAUUUUAUCAAAUAGCCUGCUUGAUGUCUUCGGCUAUGAACAUUAUACCUUAUAUGAAAUUCAAAAUUAUUUAUCCACUGCAAAAAUAAAUGAGGUUAGAUCAACUUUUCUUGAAAAUAUUAACAUUCCAGUUAUAAAAAUAUUUGUUUAUCAUGGUGAUCUUUCUGGUACUAAAAUAAGACGUAAUUUGCUGCUUUCUACUGUACUUUCAGCCAUAUCUGUGGAAAAUUUAAGAGAUGCAAAUGGUAAGGAUGCUCUUAAUGUAAUAUGCCAGAGGAUUAGUGUUAAGAAUCACAAAGAUAAUUCAAUAAAACACAUAAAGGUUCUAAAAUGUAGACAAAGUAAACACCCUCAUAUAAACAUUUCUAUUUUGAAAAAUGAAAAUAAGACAGAUACCCUAUCAUAUUCUAUUUCUUUAAGAAAUAUGGAAUUAUCAUUAGAUCUAGCCCUUAUUAAAAUGGUUAUAUCAUUUUUUAAACAAUGCUCUCGUAAACAUAGCUCUAGUGUACUAGAUGGGAAGGAUUCUAUCCUUCCACUGGCUAAUUCUACAAGUGACUCAGAAAAAAAGAAUGAGGUUACAUACAAGUUCAAGUUAAUUAGAUCGCAAAUAUCAUUUUUAUUUGGAAAACAAUCCAAUCCUUAUGGUGUAUUGUACUUCAAAUUGACCAAUUUAGAACUUCUGUUUGGUACCACAUUUGAUAUGCUAUUAAAGAAUUUUUCAAGUUACUUUAUUGAAAAUAACAAGAAAGAAGAAAAAAUGUACAUUAUAAAGACAUUUUCAGGGUAUUGUAAAGACUAUGGUAGUGAUUCUGGCGUUCUUAAACACAAGUUUAAUAUUAAUUUUGAGAAACUAACGAUGAAAAUAUCACUCAAUCAGAUAAGAAUGAUGAGAGAAUUUAAUAAAAAUAUACACCAAAUGAUUAAUGAAAUAAAACUCUUUGGUUCAAAGGUAACAAAUAAGAAGCGUGGCACAAUUUUUAGUUUAAUGUCCAAAUCAAUUAAAGAUUCUUUCUCUCAUUCCGAUUUUAGCUCGAGCUCUUCCAGUACUGUGUCCGAGAAUGAGACUGAGCAACUGACUAGUAUCACACGGAACGAAUAUCUUAUCGCCUGGCAAGGUAUCAACAUUACCUUACUAGGUGAUAUUGAUAUGCUACCAAUAAUGUCUAUUGGAGUUAAUCCUUUUAACCUAACGUAUAAGCAAUUAAACUUAGGUUUCGAGAUUCAAACUAGCUGGGAGAUAUUUUCAAAAGUGUUCAACUACUCUCAGUCCUGUUGGGAACCUAUUCUAGAUGAAUUCCCUCUAACUCUUCAUUUAAGGAAAUUAGAAAAUACCCAUCCAGCACUAUUAUUUGAAGUGUUAUCCGGAAAAAUCACAGAAUUUACGAUGAGUGCUAAAACUCUCUCAAUCUUAUCUAACAUACCUCGUUUAUUACAAGAGCCACCAAUCAAAGAUAUAGAAGAGCCUAUACUACCUUACAGUAUCGUUAAUGAUACAGAAUUUGACCUCACAAUUUGGGAAUUCCAUCCAGAAAUAAAGAAAAAAAUAAAUUUCAAAAAACUACAGCCAGGCAGCGAGAUUAGCUGGGGAUUUGAAGGAUGUGGAAAUCACAAAACUGCAGUCGAAUCUGAUAAUAUAAUAUGUGUGUCAAUUUCUGCCCUUGGAAAAGAAUGUAUCUAUAAUGUGGUAACAAACACUGAAGGUGAAAGGUUAUUCGUUUUAGAUGAUGAUAAUACUAAAGAAAAAAAUAGGGUUGUUUGUGAGUUGAAAGAAUUGAAAGAAAAUAUUAAGCAAAUUACAUUUAGAUCUACAAUAGAAAUCAAAAAUUUAACUAACGUUGAUUUAGAAUUUGAAAUAUCUGAUCCUUCUGGUGGAAGUCUGAAGUCAGCUUGUAUUGAACCAAAUGCCGUUUUAAAUGUACCUAUUACUAAGAUAAGCGAAUCGAGGAUUAGAAUGAGGCCAAAAACAGAUAUACCAUAUAGUUGGUGUAAAGAAGAUAUUCAUUGGAAAGAUCUAUUGAAGGGUGCACUUUCUCUAAGCUCUUUAGCUAGUGACGGAGUUACAUAUCAAAAUUUUGAAGUGACAGAUAUAUGUAAUUCUGAAGAAUCAUUCGCAAAAUCGUAUCCUCAUAUGAAGAUUAUUGUGACAGUUCCAAUCAUUUUACAAAAUCUAUUGCCUUUAGACAUGUCAUUUACAAUAACUCAAGGAAAAGAAGUAAUUAAACCGUUAACAGUUCUAAAGGAACACGAAAAGAUGGUAAUUUCUGAAGCAAACUUGUAUAAAGACUCACACAUCCAUAUUAAGCAUCUAGGAAAAUCAGAAAUAAGUUAUACUAGUGCAUGUGUUAUUAAUUCUAAAUCUGUAACUUCAGAGGAAGAAGAUCACGUAAUACCAUUAGCUAGCAAGGAAAAAAAUGAGAUUUUCCUAGGACUACAUAGUGAACGACUAUUUAAGACAAGAAGUAAAUUGAUCAGAAUAUAUUCACCUUAUUUAAUUGUUAAUGAAACUGGUCAAGAAUUGUUUCUGAAAAAUAUAGUUGGUGAUAUGAAAGAAUCAGACUGUGAAAUGAAUUUAAUAAAGGGAAAUAGCAGGUCACAACUUUUUUCACUUCUUGAAGCAGGAAAUGACAAGAAUGGAAAACAAAUAACAAAGCUUCAUAAGACGAAAUGGAGUGAAGAUCUAUGUUUUAAUAUGUUGGAUCAAUCUUUCGAAGUUGUAUUGUGGGAUAAAAAUAAGGAUACGUGUUCUAAAUUGGGGUUGACUGUUACUCAAGGUUUUGGGUAUGAUAUUUUAAGUAAAAUAAUAAAAGUUAAACCAAGGUUUACAAUAAUUAAUAAUCUAGAUUCAAAUCUAGAAAUUGGUGAUAUAAAAUGUAAUUCUUUAAUGAAUAUUCCUAAAGGAAAAUCAGUUCCUCUAUUAAGAGUUCCAGAACAUAUCGAGGAUUUCUUAAGAAUCAGAGCUUUUGCUGAGACAAGCAUUUGGUCCGACCCAAUUUCCAUUGCUGGUAUAGGCGAAACCUUUUUAAAAAUCUCUAAAAAUGAACGUGAUUCUGUAUUGUUAAAAAUUGUAGUUGUUUCCGAGCAAGCAAGCUUAAUAAUUCGUAUUUCUAACUCUAAUAAUUAUUGGCCAUUUGCCAUAAGAAAUUAUACUAAACAUGAAUUUACUGUUUACCAGAAGAAACCUGAGCAUUAUUGUGGCAAAUAUUCAAAUUUAACUAAUCGAUUCCCAGAAAUUCAAAAAUAUGUUGUUCCAGGUCAUAGCGUAAUACCUUUUGCUUGGGAUAUUCCUUCUGUUGAACAUAAAAGAUUGGUUGUUAAUUGUGAAGGUCAUGAGAAAGAGGUUCACCUAUUAGAAUUAGGAUCUUCUAAUUCGAUGAAAGUGCCUGGCAAAUUUUUAACUGAAACUUCGGAAGCAGUUUCAAUGACUGUUUCACGUGAAGGAGCUAUAACUGUUUUAGAUAUAAAGGAUGCAGCAAGUAAAAAACUUCGAAGACUAAAAACGGGUGCUUCUUCAAUGUUUAAUAAUAAGAAGAAAGAGUUAAAAUCUGACAAUAACUUGGAGGAGUUACCAUUACUUCGUAGAAUCUCUAUCAAGAUAGAUGGUCUUGGUAUCUCCUUAAUUAAUAUCAGCUUACAAGAAUUUUGUUAUAUUCAAGCAAAGGGAAUUGAGUUACUUUAUGAUAGCACUGAUAUGUACAAUACUUUUACAUGGAAACUUCGUGCUAUACAAAUCGAUAACCAAAUGUUUAAUGCUAAAUAUGAAAAUAUUUUAUAUCCUGUAAUAACACGGAAGCAUUAUCAAAAUAACCCUUAUGUUUUUUCAGGAUCGAUUCGAAAGAUGAAACUUAAAGAUGAAAGAAGUAUAGAAUGUUACAAAUUUGUCAUGAUGACUAUAAACGAAUUUGCAUUGAAAGUGGACGAAGGGUUUUUAGUUGAGAUCUUAAAUUUUAGUAAAGCAUUUGACAAUAUUAUUGAUGAUGAAGAAGAGACGACGGAACUUCUUGAAGACAAUUCACAAAUUAUUGAAGCUGAAAAUAUUAAAGAAAUAAGAGACUCAAUAUUUAAAAACGUUAAAAUUUUUGAACUUAUAAUAAUUAAUGCAGUUAAGUUUCACUUUUCAUUCACUGGAUAUGAUAAAAUGUAUUCUACUAGGGAACAAAGAAAAUUAAGAACGUAUAAACAGAACCGAGCUUUGAUGUUAAUUAAUUUCUAUACCGUGGCUCUUGGUGAUAUCAAUGAAGCAAAGAUUAAAAUGAAACGGUUAAAAUUAAAAAACUUACAAGUUCCAUACAGUGCACUAGUUAGAUCUAUUGAAAUGCACUACAGACAACAGUUUUUCUAUCAAUUUCAUAAAAUUUUAGGUUCCUCUAGUUACAUUGGGAAUCCAGUUGGUCUAUUUAAUAGUUUCAAUACAGAAUUUCGUGAUUGGGUUGAUGGAUCUUCUCAGAGAAGCAGUACUCCAGAUUUAGGAGAUCACUCUAAACAUGGCUCUGGUGUUGUUGGUAAGGGUAUUAAUGGUGUCCGUCAUGUUGGAAAAAGCAUAUCCGGUUUCAAAAAUGGUUCUAUUAGAUUGGCAUUACCAAAAAGUUUCCAUCAUCACCAUAACAAAUCUGCUGCUCGUAAAUCUUCUUCUCUUGGAGUAUCACCAUCUAAUAAUUCGACUUCAUCCCUUGAAGCACCAUUAUCUGAUGUUUCAAGUGUUGUUUCGGAGCUUGUUCCACCAAGCCAUGAUGUAAGCAGUUUUGUUGAAAGACGUGAAAAAAGUCUUAUUGAUAUAACACACUCGGUUAGUCAUGAGCUACAUCACAUUGGUUCCGAUUUUAAAAAUUCAAGUUUUGGAUCUUCAUCUGUGUUUGAUGAUUCUGGUGUUCAUAGAGUAAGACUACCUAGAUUAAUCGGGCCAGAUGGUGUGAUUAAAGAUUAUGAUCCAACUGAUGCACAGGGGCAAAGUUGGUUAAAGACAGUAGGACAUGGGAAAUUUAUUAAGGAUACAUAUUUAGGCCAUGUUCAGACUGGUGGAGAUCAAGUUGUGCUGGUAUCUGAUAUACAUAUCUUAGGAAUUCAGCUCCCAAAGGAAACCAUUCUAUGGAAAGUCUCAUAUAAAAAUGUAACAAAAAUAGCUCCUUCCAAAGAAUUUUUAACAAUUAAUCUAAAACAAGACGACCCCAUGAAAUUACAGUUUGACGAUGUUAAUAAAUGCAAAAUCGUCUAUAAGAAGGCCCAAAAUGCCUUAACAAAUUUUAAUCUCCAUCAAAAUGGUGAAGUUUAA